AUGGUCGAAGGGUAUCUGUAUCUGCCCCUAGAGAUGGUCGAAGGGUAUCUGUAUCUGCCCCUAGAGAUGGUCGAAGGGUAUCUGUAUCUGCCCCUAGAGAUGGUCGAAGGGUAUCUGUAUCUGCCCCUAGAGAUGGGGAAGGGUGAUCCUCGGGAUUCCUUUCCUGCCGCGGGGGAUCAGCUGCUGUCGGCUUCCUGGAACCUCCCGCAUGACAUUUUAUCGCAGAUUCCUAAUCCCGACUUUGCUUCGUAUCAGGUGGCGUCCAAUUCCCACAUUCCCCCCAACUACCUGCUGAAGAUCUGCGAGCGGAUUGGACCCAUCCUAGACCAGGAGAUCCCGCAGAGCGUCCCGGGCGUGUGCAGCCUCCUGGGGGUGGGGAAACAAUCCCUACUGCGCAGAGCGAAAGACUGCAGGAACUCGACAUGGAAGCCCUCCACAUACGCAGCUCUGCACAGGGGCCGACCGCCGGAACUCCCCGUCAACUAUGGAAGAUCGCUCAGUGUCGUGAAAGUGGCGUCGUCCAGAACGCUGACCAGCUGCUCCCGCUUCCAGUGCAUCUUCCCCACUUCAUCAUAUCAGCACAUAAAAAUGCACCGGAGGAUUCUGGGUCACCUGUCGUCCGUCUACUGCGUGGCAUUUGACCGAAGCGGGAGGAGAAUCUUCACGGGUUCCGACGAUUGUCUGGUGAAGAUUUGGGCCACCGAUGACGGCAGGCUCCUCUCCACGCUGCGCGGACACUCUGCAGAGAUCUCGGACAUGGCGGUGAACUAUGAGAACACGCUGAUCGCUGCUGGCAGUUGUGACAAGAUGGUCCGCGUGUGGUGUCUGCGGACAUGCGCUCCCGUCGCGGUGCUGCAAGGUCACACGGCGUCCAUUACUUCCAUCCAGUUUUGCCCCUCUACAAAAGGAAGAACUCGAUACCUCACAUCUACCGGUGCCGAUGGAGCCAUCUGCUUCUGGCAGUGCAACGUCGACACAAUGGCCUUCAAUGACCGUCCGGUGAAGUUUGCAGAGCGGUCGCGGCCCGGCGUUCAGAUUUCCUGCUCAUCCUUUAGCUCAGUUAGCAGGAGGACCAGCGUGCUGGAAAUGAGCCAACAGUCUUUGGACCCCGGCGUUCUAUCAAAGUUUGUCACCGGGUUGGAAUGUGUGACCGGCGACGUGGUCACGCAUUUUAACGAUAAAGUGAUCGCCGUUCAGUUCUGUAAUAACAGCGACCGAUUAUGCUUUGUAAGCGGAAGCAGAGACGGCACGGCGCGGAUCUGGCAGUACCAGCAGCAGGAGUGGAAGAUGAUCGCACUGGAUAUGGCUGCCAGAAUGGCCGGGAGCAGCGUGGCAAAUGCCGAGGACAAAGUGACCAAGCUGAAAGUGACCAUGGUGGCCUGGGACCGCGCCGACACGACCGUCAUCACCGCCGUCAACAACUUCUUUCUGAAAGUUUGGAAUUCCCACACAGGCCAACUUCUGCACGUCUUGUCUGGUCACGAUGAUGAAGUGUUCGUCCUGGAAGCCCAUCCCUUCGAUUCCAGAAUCCUCCUGUCUGCUGGUCAUGACGGGAACAUCUUCGUCUGGGAUCUGGAGAAGGGGGUGAAAAUUCGCAAUUACUUCAACAUGAUUGAAGGGCAGGGACACGGCGCCGUGUUUGAUUGCAAGUUUUCCCAGGACGGGCAGCACUUUGCCUGCACGGACUCCCACGGUCACCUCUUGCUUUUUGGCUUUGGCUGCAGUAAAACGUAUGAGAAGAUUCCAGAGCAGAUGUUCUUCCACACGGACUUCCGUCCAUUGAUCCGAGACACCAAUAACUAUGUGUUGGAUGAGCAGACUCAGCAGGCCCCGCACCUCAUGCCUCCCCCGUUCCUGGUGGACGUGGAUGGAAAUCCUCACCCAACCCGAUACCAGCGCCUCGUUCCCGGGCGAGAGAACUGCAAAGACGAACAACUUAUCCCGCAGCUUGGAUACGUAUCCAAUGGUAAUGGAGAGGUCGUGGAACAAGUGAUAGGACAGCAGACGAGCAGCCAGGAGGAGAGCAUCCUCGAUGGUCUGAUCAGAGAAUUGCAGAGAGAACAGGACGAGCAUCACACAGAGGAGGCGGAGCCUGUGGAUAAUCCUCUGUUGAACAGGGCAGGCCCCGAGAAUGGCUUCAUGCGAAGCCAGAGUUUCGACUUGUCGUCCCCACCAAACGUCGGCCUCCGGCGCAGCGGACAGAUUGAAGGAGUUCGCCAAAUGCAUCACAACGCUCCUCGAAGCCAGAUAGCAACAGAGCGGGAUCUCAUGGCGUGGAGCAGACGGGUGGUGGUGAACGAGUUGCAGCACGGAGUCAGCAGGUAAGAGAGACGACAAACCUCCAAGGGGGAGAUGGAAGUUCACCUGUACAACACCGAGAAGAAGAGGAAGCCUUCCCAUCCAGCACAGAGGAACGAUCAUCAAGUCUGCAGCGGGCGAGCCCUGCGCAAGAUCCAGAAGAAGCGUCAGCACGCCUACCAGACCCGCUCCAAUAUGGAGCACGAUUCUCAGACACGCCCACCAGCCACCAACCAUGAGGAUUCGUCCAGCUCUUCCGAGCAUGAAGAGUCGCGGGCGACCAGUGAAGCGUCCGGUGAUGAGGCGGCUCCCCCGUGGCAGAGUGAGAGCUCGUCCAGCGACUCGUCCAGCGAGUACUCGGACUGGACCGCAGACGCCGGGAUCAACCUGCAGCCUCCCAAGAGGCAGACGCGUCAGACCACCCGCAAGAUGUGCAGCAGUUCCGAGGACGAGAACGCCAAGGAGGACGACAAGGAGAAGAAACGCAAACAAACUCGCAGGAAGGUGCGGCCGCUUGUAUGUGUAGAGGUUCUUCUUAGAGACAUGAAACGCGUUGCUGAAUUUCCGCCAGAGGGCCAAGCGCUUGUGGGCACCUCUAUUCAGCGCUGCGGUACACCCUUCGUCCCACAGAUGGGAGACGAGGUCAUUUACUUCAAACAAGGCCACGAGGCGUACGUCCGGGCGGUGAGGAAAUCCAAAAUCUACAGUGUUAAUCUACAGAAGCAGCCGUGGAAUAAAACCGAGCUCAGGGAACAGGAAAUCUUGAAGGUUGUGGGGAUAAAGUACGAGGUGGGACCGCCCACUCUUUGCUGCCUGAAAGUCGCCUUUCUAGACCCGACGUCCGGCAAAAUGAGCGGAGAUUCCUUCUCACUCAAGUACCACGACAUGCCCGAUGUCAUCGAUUUUCUCAUCCUAUAUCAGUUUUAUAAGGAGGCGCAGGAACGGAAUUGGCAGAUCGGUGACCGUUUCCGGAGCAUCAUCGAUGACGCCUGGUGGUUUGGGACGGUGGAGAGUCAGCAGCCGUUUCAGAUGGAAUAUCCGGACAGCCUCUUCCAGUGCUACAGCGUCCACUGGGAUAACAACGAGCGUGAGAACAUGAGCCCCUGGGACAUGGAGCCCAUUCCUGAUGACAUACCUCUGCCAGACGAGGUCGGUGCCGGGGUCCCGGUCACAGCAGAGGAGCUGAAAGCUCUGCAGUAUAAACCGGAGGAGGGAGAGUGGGGGUCGCAAUCCAGAGAUGAGGUCUGCGAGCGAGUCAUCCGAGGAAUCGACCAGCUGCUGACGCUUGAUUUUGCCAGUCCGUUCAGCGCUCCGGUGGACCUCAGCGCAUAUCCCCUCUAUUGUACGGUGGUGGCCUAUCCUACGGACCUGAGUACCAUGCGCAAACGUCUGGAAAGCGGAUUCUACAGGAGGAUUUCAGCGUCAAUCUGGGAGGUCCGUUACAUCGAACACAACGCCAGAACCUUCAAUGAACCCAAUGCCCCCAUCGUCAAAUCGGCCAAGACCGUGACGGAUGUGUUGCUGCGAUAUAUCGGGGACGAGAAUUGCACGGAUAUCUUGGAGAUCUACAAUCAAGUGAAAUGUGAAGAUGUGGGGGAGGCGGAGGAGGAAGAGGAAGAUGAAGAGGCGGCGGGUGUGGAGAUGGAAUCGGAUGGACCGGGGACAUCUACAGGAAGGACGGUGACGCGCCGCACCAAGCGGGAUCUCCUGCGCUCUAAUCCCGAUUCAUGGAAAGACAAAUGUAAGGAGCUUCUGGACCUGAUCUACGAGCGCGAGGACUCCGAGCCCUUCCGACAACCCGUCAAUCGAGUGUCAUACCCAGAUUACCAGAACAUCAUAGAGACGCCCAUGGAUUUCAGCACCGUGAAGGCCACGCUGGAGGGCGGCAACUACAGCGACCCCCUGGAAUUCUCCCGGGACGUACGGCUGAUCUUCAGCAACUCCAAGGCUUACACUCCGAACAAGAAGUCCAGGAUCUACAGCAUGACGCUGCGAUUAUCGGCGCUCUGCGAAGCGUACAUCAAAGACAUCAUCUCCGACCACAAGCUGGCCAUGCAGUUACAGCAGCGCAAGAGGCUGCGCUACAGGAAGCGGAUCCACAGCAGCAGCAGCAGCGGCGGCGGCGCCAGCAGCUCCGGGUCCAGCAGCCGAGACGUCAGUCCAAAGGCAAAGCCCAGAAAAACACCCCAGAAAGUGAACCAGAACUCCGUGCUUCCUCUCUCCGGGAGCUCAUCCUCGUCCUCCUCCUCUUCCUCAUCUGAAAUGUCCGAUUCUCCUGUGGAACCCGAUAACCUCUCCGCUGGCGAGGAAACGAAGACGCCGCCGCCAUCUUCCGGGUCCAACACACAGAACAAAAAUGACUCUGAGCCAGAAGCAGCGAGCAGCACGAUGACCCUAUCCUCCCCUGCCAAAGUGGAGCAGACCAAUGGUCCUCUUGUGAACGGGAAUGGAGGAGACGCACCAAAGGCCAGAAGAAGAGUCCUGAGUUCCUCAGACGCUGAAAGUGCAGCAGAACCACAAGAGAAGAUGCAGGAGGAGGAUGAGGAUGAGGAUGAUGUGGAGGAAGAUGCAGACAAGCCAGCCCGCUCCCCUUCUGUCAGAGAUUCUGGGUCGAGCUCAAGUUCAAAGAGCGAGUCCGAAUGUACCUCAGACUCCGAUUCGUCCCCCAAGUCCGACCAGGACUACGUCGACGGCGACCACGAUUACACCAAAGCAGCGCGGACGAAACUUAAGCGCAAGCUCCCGGAGAUCACCGGCGACAAGAACCCCCAAAAAAAAGGACGCGGACGCGGGAGGGGCCGGGGGAGGGGCCGAGCGAAAGGUUACAGUUUGAGAGGGGUGGAAGCCAAGAAAGGACGAGGUAGAGGCCGAGGACGAGGCCUGAGCAAGACCCCGCAGAGCCCGGCCGUCAAGACGUCCGACGAGGAGGACGAGGGAGACGAGGAAGAGGCCGGCGACUGCGACGAGAGCGAUUUCGUAGAGCGGGAAAGAAAAAAGCGCCGUAUCAACACCCGCAACCAGGGCAGGCGGACUGUGCUGUACAACGACGACGACUCGGACGCCGACCUUCCAGAUAUUGUCCUCUCAGCAGGGAUUCAUAGAACAGCGGAAGCCUGGUGCUCUUCUCAGAGGCUUUCACACAUUCUUGACGUAGAGAUGAUGCAACUCUCCGAUUUUGUCUCUCCGGGAGUGUUCGGAGUUUGUCGCUUUUAUAGAAGUACUGACAGGACGAGUCUCUUGGGUCGGAGUUUAUUGGCGGCUCGCUCUUGUGGGACCUUCAGGAGGUUCCUGGACAGGAAGGAGUUUGGUGUCUCACUCUUGUAG